AUGGUCGAACUUCACAGACAAGGAUCAACUGUUCCAGUUUCAUGCCACCAAGUUGAAUCAUCAGUACUCCCAAUUGCUCUUGAGAAGGCUUGGGGUCUCUUCAAGAGCCUCCAACUCGAGAAGGUCGUUCCAGGCAAAGUUUCAGCCACUUCUUUCACUUCAGGAGGUCCAGGUCAACUUGAUUCAGUCAUUGAGAUCACCUACACUGAUGGUGCCAAGUGGGUCUUAAGAAUCAAUGAGCUCAGUGAGUUAAAUCAUUCAGUUGGCUAUCAAGUACUUACCACUGAGCCAAGCCACUCAGUUACCAGCAUUCUAGGCUAAAUCUUAUUGAAGUCUGUUUCAGAUGAGGGUCAUACCUUUGUUGAGUGGAUCACUGACUUCUCCAACGAUGCUGAUGCCACCGUUGUUACUGAUCAAAAGUACAAGAAGCUCGAGUUCUUCGCUGAGCUCAAGAAGAAUCUCUCAUCUCAAUGA